AUGGCCGCUCUACUUCCCUCGAGCCUCUCGUCGCUUCUGAAGAAAUCCUCCCUCGACGAUCAUGAGCAAAUCCUUUCGGAAUGCGACAAAGUCCUAAAGUCAGCCAGAGGAUCUGACCUUGAAAUGCAACAUGUUAAACUGGUUGCGCUUCUCAAGCUUGACCGCUACGAGGAGGCUGCGAAGUUCUUCGAAAACAACAUCGGGGCCGACCUGCGCAAGAAGGUCGAGCUGGAAUACGCCUAUGCAUUGUAUAAGACUGGUCGAUUAAAAGAGGCAGCUGAUUUGUCGGCCUCCUUGAAGAGUAGAGGAGCAGACCAUGUUGAGGCGCAGUCCAGGUAUCGUCUCGAAGAAUCGAUAAGAACGUCUGAACUAUACAAACGCAUACGGAGCCAGAAAUUGGAUGCUGAGGAGUUUGACCUGCGAGUAAAUCAAGGUGCGAUAGAUGCGCAGGCGCAGUGGCUUGGUCAUCUGAACUCGGGUUCGAUCCGCAGACCUGGAAGAGAAGACUUGGAGGCUUUCGAAACUGCUUACAAUGCCGCCUGUGGGUGUAUUGCCAGAGGAGAAUAUGCGCAGGCCGAAAUGCUACUCAAGCGCGCCAAAGAACUGUGCAAGCACUCAGAAGACCUCACAGACCAGCAAAAGGCAGAAGAGCUUCUGCCCAUCUCCGUCCAACAGCUGUUCGUGCUGCAGUCGCAGGGAAAGAUGCUCGAAGCAGAGACACUUGCGGGCGAGGUCAACGUCCAGGAAGCCUCAGACAUCUCGACUCGCAAAGUCGGGCUGAACAACGUUCUGCUGACAGGCCCCUUGAUCAACCCGUUCCUUGCACAUAGGACAUUUCAUUCGACUCCUAAAAUACCACAAAAUGACAGGCUCUUCACCUACCAAAGUAUACCCCUGGAGUCCAACAAAAGCACUAUCGAUCUACAGACGUUCAAGUAUGACGGUGUCAUGUCUUCCAAUGCAAAGGCUCUCAAGGUACAUUCUGUUCCCUCGUUAUCUCCAGAGGUCCUUCUGGCUUCCUACUUCAACACAGCAGCCCAUGCGAAGAAUGAAAGUGGUAAAGCGGCCAUCAGGAACGUAUUACCGGAACUGGAGAAACGGCCCAACGACAUCGGACUGAUCGUUACACUCGUUCAAAUGUACGUCAUCAAUGGAGAUGUAACCUCAGCUGUUGAAUUGGUGGAACAGUUCUUCAAGCGGUUAGAUGAUUCGAUGGCCGAUGCUGGGGACGAUAUUCGCUUCAACCCUAUGCUUGUGAGUCUUUUGACCAGCUUAUACACACACAGGGGUCAGAAGGGUGGCGUCAAGCACGAACUGGCCAAGGCCGCCGCGUACUGGCGAACUAAGCCUAAUGCUCCCACCACCUUACUCACCGCAGCAGGUGUCUCACUAUUGGAGUCCCAAAACCAGGAGGAUGCCGAACUCGCUUCGGCCAUCUUCAGUAAACUUCGGGAGCAGCAGCCGGAGGACAAAGCUACGGUCGCCGGUUACGUGGCGUCACAUGCCCAAGAUGACGAGGCUGUGUCUGGGCCCGAUGCCGAUAAGCUGACUUCCACAUCCGAGCUCGUUCGGAACAUCAAUAUCGAUGCCUUGGAGAACAGAGGAAUUCCGCAAUCCUCAAAUGCCCUCACGAAAGCACAAUUGGGGCCAGCGAAAAGACGGGCUGCAGCAGAGGGUGGCGAUCCGAAACCCAAACGUAUUCGGAAGUCGAGAUUACCCAAAGAUUAUGACGAAAACAAAAAGCCCGACCCCGAACGUUGGCUUCCGAUGAGAGACAGAAGUUACUACCGACCGCCCAAAGGCAAGAAGAAGGGCAAACGGGAUGACCGAACCCAGGGUGGUGCCGUGGAUGAGUCCUUGAACGUUGAUGCAAAGUCCGCCGCGGUGACUGUUUCUACAGGGACUGGAGGCGGUGCUAACAAAAAGAAGAAGGGCAAGGGCAAGAAAUGA